CUGGCGCCUCUCGCGGCGGAGCGGCGGCGGGCAGGGCCUGGGCGGGCAGGGGCUCGGCGGCCGGCAUGGCCUCGGCGGCGGCGGCGGCGGCGGCGGCGCUGGCCCGGGGGGCCGGGGCGCGGGCGGCGGCGGUGCUGCUGGGCGGCUGCGGGGGUGCGGCCCGGGGGCGGCCCGUGUGUACGGCGCCCGGGACGGCUCCGGACAUGAAAGGCUACCUGUGGGAGCGCUACCGGGAGGCGAAGCGGGGCACGCGCGACUUGGUUCCUUCGAUUAUGAACAACUUGUUGAAUCCAGAUGCCAUUUUCUCCAACAAUGAGAUGAGCCUGUCGGACAUCGAAAUCUAUGGCUUCGAUUAUGACUAUACCCUGGUGUUCUACUCCAAGCACCUUCACACGCUGAUAUUCAAUGCCGCGCGGGACCUUCUCAUCAAUGAGCACCGGUAUCCGGUGGAAAUCAGGAAGUAUGAGUAUGACCCAAAUUUUGCGAUUCGUGGACUUCAUUACGAUGUGCAGCGGGCGGUGCUGAUGAAGAUUGAUGCUUUUCAUUACAUCCAGUUGGGAACCGUCUACAGGGGCCUCAGUGUUGUCCCCGAUGAGGAAGUCAUUGAAAUGUAUGAGGGCUCUCACGUGCCCCUGGAACAGAUGAGCGACUUUUAUGGAAAGAGUUCUCACGGAAACACCAUGAAGCAGUUCAUGGACAUCUUCUCCCUGCCCGAGAUGUCCCUCCUGUCCUGUGUCAACGAGUACUUUCUGAAGAAUAACAUCGACUAUGAGCCCGUCCAUCUCUACAAGGACGUCAAGGAUUCGAUCCGAGAUGUGCACAUCAAAGGGAUCAUGUACAGAGCGAUUGAAGCAGACAUUGAAAAGUACAUCUGCUAUGCCGAGCAGACGCGCGCGGUGCUGGCCAAACUGGCGGAUCACGGCAAGAAGAUGUUUCUCAUCACCAACAGCCCCAGCAGUUUUGUGGACAAAGGGAUGCGGUAUAUCGUUGGAAAAGACUGGAGGGACCUGUUUGAUGUGGUCAUCGUUCAGGCCGAGAAGCCAAACUUCUUUAAUGACAAGCGGAGACCUUUCCGCAAGGUGAACGAGAAAGGUGUCUUGCUCUGGGACAAGAUCCACAAGUUGCAGAAAGGCCAGAUCUAUAAGCAGGGCAAUUUAUAUGAAUUUUUGAAGCUUACUGGGUGGAGAGGAUCCAAAGUGCUGUAUUUUGGUGACCACAUAUACAGUGACCUGGCGGAUUUGACCCUGAAGCAUGGUUGGCGAACUGGUGCGAUUAUCCCGGAGCUGAGAUCCGAGCUUAGAAUCAUGAACACGGAGCAGUACAUUCAAACCAUGACCUGGCUGCAGACCCUGACCGGGUUAUUGGAACAGAUGCAGGUUCACAGAGAUGUCGAGUCACAGCUGGUUUUACAGGAGUGGAAGAAGGAAAGAAAGGAGAUGAGGGACAUGACCAAGAAUUUCUUCAACGCCCAGUUCGGAAGCUUGUUCCGCACGGACCAGAACCCGACGUACUUCCUGAGGCGCCUGUCGCGUUUCGCCGACAUCUACAUGGCGUCCCUGAGCUGCCUGCUCAGCUACGACGUCAGCCACACGUUCUACCCGCGCAGGACUCCGCUGCAGCACGAGCUGCCCGCCUGGUCCGACGGCGCCCGCGCCCGCGCCCCCGCCCCCGCCCCCGGCAGCGCAUGCGCGCCCCUGCGGGAGGCCCACGGCGACUAG